UCUCCCCCUCCAUCCACUACCACCCCUCCGCCGCACUCUACCAAACUUUCAUUCCCCAAGAUCUGGUGCUCACCUUCAUUCUUCUAGCACCAAUAUGACAUCGAGAGAGCAAAUCGCCGUCCUUCCAACACCAUCAAGCCAAUCGUUGCCAUCGUCGCUACCUACCGCCACAUUCUAUAGUGCCUUCCCUAGUUGUUGGUUACCCAGAUCUAGGAUCUGGGGCCAGGGCCUUUGGGCGGACAACGUUUAGGUGGUUUUUGAUGUCGCUCCCCUUCCCUGUGCUGGAUCCAGUUUUCCUUCACCGUGCAAGGAUGGCAGCUCAUCUUCCCCACUCAUCAGCUAGUCGAACUAUGUCGACGGCCAAGGUAUCAUUCUUCCUUAUCUCGGCAUGAUGUGUUCUUACUUUUCUGAUUUGGAAUCCACAGGAUCUUGGGCAGGGCUAGCUUUUCCUUCUUGCACAUGGAUGAUGACCCCGUCUUCCCCAUGCAUCAUCCACUAGAUCUCAGUUGAUGAUGUUAGGAUGGCAACCAAGGUAUCAUCCUUCCCCAUGUGUGGCAUGAUAUGUUCUUACAUGGUUGAUUUGGCAUCCAUACAAUCCUUUGUGGGGCUGUAUUUCCCUUCUUGUACAUAGAUGAUGGCCUUGUCUUCUGCACGCACCGGCCACUAGAUCUUGGUUAUAAGUGUGCCGGGUAAUCCGCUUAUUUGUAUUAUAAUUGGGUUUGCAGGUCUGUCCACUUGCAUCCUUGAUCUAGGUUGAUGAUUUUAGGGUAGAGACCAAGGUAUCAUCCUUGCCCAUGUGCAGCAUGAUGUGUUCUUAUAUUACUUGUGUGAUUUGGUAUCCACAGGAAUAAAUGAUCAAGGCAUAGCGAUCAAGGGUGGACAUUUGCAUUAUUCUUUCCCUCUUGCACCUUUGCCGCCACCUUGGUGAAAAGAGCACUUUGGGAGAAACUAUUCUAAACUCUCGAGGGGACAUUCUCUCGUUGCUUGCAUGUCAUCUAAAUGGUUAUGAAAAAAUUUAAAAAAUUCAACUGGAUAAAUUAAUAUGUGAUAGAUAACUUCACAAACAUGCCAGUAAAAAUUAAACUUCUAUAAGUUGCAAAAAAAAACUACGGCUAAUUAGCGUAUAUUCACAAUUAAUCUAUCUUACUAUAUAUUUUUUUAAAAAAAUAUAAACAUUUAGAUGACAUGUGAAUAAUAAGGGGAUGUCCUCUUAGAGUUUACAAUCCACUCUCACACUUUUGGUUAGUAAGGAAAUGACAAUGCAUUGAGAGGGUGGCAAACUUGGCCCCAAGGCCACUCCUGGGACCGUGCUUUUGAAAAGCUUCUUCCGUCGGUUCUCAGUGAUAACCCUAAGCCCAUGUAUCUAGGUAAACGAGUCUUUCUUCUUUCUUUUUGAACACAAACACUUUUUUAUCCAUGUAAAUAAGUUGCAAUGAUAGCGAGAACUACUCCAAGCAAGGAAAUGUCUUUCUAGUAAAUCAUAAUUAUCCUCUUCAAACAUGUCAGGUCAUGUCCUCACAUGGAAGCUAGUUGUAUAAAUUUCCAUUUCAGCCAAAUCUCGUCGAUCUUCAUGCUGAGAUUUAAACAUAUAAACUCAAUUGCCACCCUUAUACUUAGAUAUACUUAUGAGGUUUUCUCCCAUUUUUAGAAAGACAUAUACACCUCAUUCCUUGAGAGAGAUCCCUCUAUUAAGGGAGCUCGAAGUGCCAAAACUAAUACUACAUGGGUACAUGAUUAGAAAUUAAUUUAUAUUUUUUGAGCUUUUUUCAAGUCUUUGAGUGGCGUAGGUUUAUAUCUCUUGAUUUAUACUAGGAGCUAUAUACAUCCUUUAAUUCUCAAGUCUAAGAAAGAGUUGACAUUGGCGAUAGUAGAAUUUUACACAUUUAAUUUAGGUAGUGAGGAGGUAUAUAUCUGUAAAAAUAAAUGAGAACCUCCAUACUUAGAUAUGAAUUAGUUGGUGAUACCGGAUUUGCUCCACCAAAUAAGUCUAUGAAGAUUUGUAUAUUUGGCAGUAAUGUUAUUAUGGCCAAAUCAGUAGUAGCUGUGAGCGGUUGGAUGCAGCUGUACUGGUUGGCAGUCACUUUCCGUGUUCAUACCCAUUUUUUUCUAUUUCAAAAAAAAAUCUGUGUUCAUAUCUCAAUAUAUCAGUACCACUGAGAAUCGGUUGAAAUUGAAACUUGUGUAACCGUGACAUUAUCUCACCUGUUUUAGAGGAUACAAUUGUGAUAUACUAUAAAACAUUUCCUUGCUUGGAGUAGUUUUUUCUAGCAUUGCAACAUAUUUCACACAGAUAAAAAAUCGUUUGUGUUUAGAAAGAAACAAGAGAGUGUAUAGAACGCGUUCACAAAGACAGGGUGAAGCAGAACGCGUUCACAAAGACAGGGUGAAGCACUGAAAUUCGACUAUAAAAGUAAGCCCCCAUUCUGUAAAAACUACACACAGAUCGAAGGAAAUCAGAUACAUGAAGAAAUAAGCUUCCUGCCGCCUGGUAAGUUACGUUCCCUCUCGUCUUGUCACAAAUUCUAAUUUGGUUUAUGUUCUUAGAAGUACAUAGUUUUGCAUACUAUAGAUUUGUUGAGAGGUAAGUUCCCUCUCGCUUGUCACAAAUUCUAACACAAAUUCUAACAUGUUUUCUGUUCUUAGAAAUACAUAGUUUUGAAUACCGUAGAUUGUAGAGAGGUAAGUUCCCUCUCGCUUGUCACAAAUUCUAAUCUGGUUUCUGUUCUUAGAAGCACAUAGCUUUCAAUACCGUAGAGUAGAGAGAGAAAAAACUCGUUUCUUGCUUGUGAAAUCCUGAAAUCCACCUCUAAGGAUCUAAACUUUGUUGUAAGCUUUUGCUAAUCAGAUCUACAUGGGACUCAGUGGUUUACAGGAGGUUUAGAUGUUCUUGUAUGCUUGUGAUUAUCAGAUCUCCGUCAAAUUCUAGCGAUUUAUUUCAGGUUUUUGCAGCUUCCUGUAUGUUUUGUGUGGUGCCAUGGCCAACGCCGUUUUUUCAUAUAUUUUUCCCCAUGCAGGUUUGUCUCCAAGAUUCAAACGGAGGAAGGUGGUGAAAUCCGCGACCUGACCUGGCUAGCAUGGAAGACGCCAACGAGAACCUGGCCCAGCAAGGAGAUGCCAACGGGAACCCGGCCCAUCGAGGCCUUCCACCUCGCCACCUCAUCAUUCCCUACUCUGUCGCCGCUGCCAUGGCGAACCGGCCCAUUCGCCUAGCCAGCCAGGCUCGGCUUCUCAGCGGUGGUGGCGGGGCGGUAGCCCAGCAGCCUCCGACCCAACACGCCAUCGCAGCCCAGAGGCGCCUGCCUAGUCGCAAUCGCUGGAGCCGCAUCAUCCCGUCACUCCUCCCGGACGGCAAGAGCUACCACAUCAUUGACACCAGCUUCACUUCCGAGGAAGUGUUCGUGCCCGCGCCACCGCCGCCGCUGCUCGUCUCCACCGUGCGCCGCCCCGCGGCGCCGUCGGCGCAGCCCAUUGCUACCAUGUUCACGUGGCCAGUGCCCCCACGUGGGUGGACCGUGUCGCCGACCACCGGCCGCUAUCGCUUUGGCUACGGUUUUGGCGGCGAGAGCUCAUCCUCUACUGUGCUGCGCACGCCUGCUGCUCCUACUACCACGCGGGGGCCUGCUCCUCUUCUUCCUGCACCGCCCACGCUUGCUCCUCCUCUUGUUGUGCCACGCGGCUGGUGGAUCGUAUCACCGACCAUCGGCAAUGAUCGCUUCGGUGAUGGCGGCACGAGCUCGUCGACUGCUGCGCCGCUCACGCCCACUGGUCAUUCUACACCACUCGAGCCUGUUCUUUCUGUUCCUAUGCCACUCGGUUUGACCAUGUCACCGACCACCUCCCACUACAGCUUCAGCUACGGUGGAGCAAGCUCAUCAUCUGCUAUGCCACGUGCGCCCACUGCUCCUCUUGCACUGCACGCUUGCACCUCAUCUUUGUGUGCCACGCGUGCUUUCUCCUCCUGCUCCAAUGCCAUCCGCGCUAGCAACUCAUGUUCCUACGCCGCCCGCGCCUGCCCCUCCAGUUCCUACACCGCUCGCGCCUACUCCUGCUGAUGUGCCGCCCGGGUUUACCAUGUCACCGACCAUCACCCGCUACAGCUUCGGCUAUGAUGGAGCGAGCUCGUCGUCUGCUAUGCCACGCAUGCGCACUACUCUUGCACUGUGUGUGCCUGCACCUCAUCCUCGUGUUCCACGCGCACCUGCUCCUCCAGUUCCAGCGCCGCCCGCGCCUACCCCUCCUAUUCCUACGCCGCCUGCGCUUGCUCCUCCUGCUGAUGUGCCACCCGGGUUUACUGUGUCACCAGCCACCACCCGCUACAGCUUCGGCUAUGGUGGAGCGAGCUCGUCUUCUGCUAUGCCACACGCCACCACUGCUCCUCUUGCACUGCGCGCGCCUGCACCUCAUCUUUGUGUGUCACGCAUGCCUCCUCCUCUUGUUCCUACACCGCCCGCACAUGCUCCUCCUGUUGCUACGCCGCCCACGCUUGCCACUCCAGUUCCUACGCCGCCCGUGACUGCUCCUCCUGCUGAUGUGCCACCUGGGUUUACUGUGUCACCGACCACCACCCACUACAGCUUCGGCUAUGGUGGAGCGAGCUUGUCGUCUGCUAUGCCACGUGCAGCCGCUGCUCCUCUUGUACUGCGCGGGCCUGCACCUCAUCUUCGUGUGUCACGCAUGCCUGCUCCUCCUAUUCCUAUGCCGCCCGCACCUGCUCCCCCCAUCCCUACGCCGUCCAUGCCUUUCCCUACAGUUCCUGCGCCGCCCGUGACUGUUCCUCCUGCUACAGCCCCGUCCAUGGCUGCUCCUGCUGCUGCGUCGCACGGGUUGACUGUGUCACCAACCAUGACCCGCUACAGCUUCGGCUAUGGCGGCGCGAGCUCGCCAUCUGCUGUGCCGUGCACGUCCAGUGUUACUCUUGCACUACGCGCGCUUACUCCUCAUCUUCGUGCGCUGCGUGUAUCUGUUCCUCGUCCUCGUGCGCCAUCCGCAUCGGCUCCUCCUGCUGCUGCACCACGUGAGUGGACCGUGUCACUGACCACCGGCCGCUACAGCUUCGGCGACAGCGGUGCGAGCUCGUCGUCCGCUGCACCGCGCGCGCCCGCUGCUCCUCUUGCACUGCACGCGCCUGCUCCUCAUAUUCGUGCGCCGUCCAUGGCUGCUCCUCCUCCUGCUGCACCUCGUGGGAGGACCAUGCCGCCGACCACCGGCCGCUACAGCUUCAGCUAUGGUGGCCUGAGCUUGUCGUAUACUACGCCGCGCGGGCCCAUCGCUCCUCUUUCACUGCGCUCGCCUGCUCCUCAUCUUCGUGCACGGCGCGUGCCCACUGCUCCCCCUGCUGCUGCUAGGCCGCGCGCGCCUACUCCUCCUGCUGCUGCUGCUGCCCCGGCUGCGCCUCCGGCGCCGCCGUCCGGCCUGCCUUCCUGGCCGCUGCUGGUUCGUCCCCCAACCGGGCCAGCGCGUGCGCGUCUGGCGCCUGCCACACCGACAGAGGCGUUCGAGGAGUACCUCGUGCAGCGCCGCGCGAUCGAAGCUACGGUGGACGAUACGCCAUGGGAGAUGAUCGGCAGAAGCAGGAAAACUGGUGGCCCCAUGUUUGCGGUGGCAGGCGGUGGCCGCGACAGGGCGGAGCUGGAGGCCAAGGAGGCCAGGGAGCGUCGCAAGAACAGGAUGGACAAGAGGAAGGCCGCCGCCGCCGCUCGCGCCCAGCAGCCACCGCCGCCGCUCGCGCCCAGAUGCUCCGGGGAGCUCAAGUGGUGGUAGCAAGAAGCGUGGAGGUGGGAGGAAGAAGAAGCAAGCUUGAUCAUCAAGAAGCUGGACCGUUCGUCUUCAAUCCAUUUGGCACCUGAGAUUUCGUCCGCAUCAUUUCCGUUUCAACGAGUAAUUUAGCCAUGUCGUUUCCUGACUCGGCGUGUGGCUCUGUGAGCCUUAGGGAGCUUUGCUCCAUUGAUGUUGUUGUGCAUGCAAUUCUUGCAUGGGUCGUCGAACUAUGUUUCUGGAGUUGUUUGUGUUAAAGUCCCAAACUUAUGUUGGGUUUCAUUUA